AAGGCAUGCUCAAUCAAUUUAUCCAUAAUUUGAACAAUUGGAUGUUUCUACCUAUUGGUUAUCAAAAACUUUGAAAUUUGGAUUGAACAUAGGGGAUUAGGAGCAAAGGAAAUGGGCCAAAAGUCGUUGAUCUACAGCUUCGUGGCUAGAGGCACGGUGAUCCUAGCCGAAUAUACAGAGUUCAAGGGAAAUUUUACGUCCGUUGCUAGCCAAUGUCUUCAAAAACUUCCUGCUAAUAACAAUCGUUUUACGUAUAACUGUGAUGGACAUACGUUCAAUUACCUCAUUGAUAAUGGAUAUAGUGAGUUUUUAUUUCUUUUAAUUAUGUGCAUUUUUGCAUUCUGUGUUGUUGCAAUCGAAUCUGCAGGCAGGCAACUUCCCAUUGCCUUCUUGGAACGUGUCAAGGAUGAUUUUAUGAAGAAAUACGGGGGAGGCAAAGCUUCAACUGCUGCUGCUAAGAGCCUGAGCAAAUCAUUUGGGCCGAAAAUGAAGGAGCAGAUGCAAUACUGUGUUGCUCAUCCAGAAGAAAUCGACAAGAUAGCUAAGGUGAAAGCGCAGGUUGAUGAAGUUAAGGGAGUUAUGAUGGAUAAUAUUGAGAAGGUCCUCGAUCGAGGAGAGAAGAUUGAGCUAUUGGUCGAUAAAACUGACAACCUUCGCAAUCAGGCAAAUGAUUUCAAAAAACAAGGAACCAAGAUGAAAAGGAAGAUGUGGAUUCAGAAUAUGAAGAUUAAACUGAUAGUCGCGGGAAUCAUCCUCAUGUUGAUUCUGGUGGUUAUUCUCUCAAUCUGCAAUCAAUUGAGGUGCUGGUGAAAGAUCCUUUUCUUUCAAUGCUUAAUCAUGGUAGGCUUCUA